CAACCAAAACAACGAACAUCACGUCGUUGGACGACACCAUUAACGCAUUGCCAUCGCCAUCAUCAUGACACGCCUCACGGAAGAGAUGGUCAUUGCACGAUCCAAGCAAUCGGAUUUAAGCUCUAUUAAAAAACUUAAUUGUUGGGGAAGUGAUCUCAGUGAUGUAUCCAUAAUAAAACGUAUGCGUGGUGUUGAAGUGUUGGCGUUAAGUGUCAACAAAAUCAGCACCCUGCAGCCAUUCGAAGACUGCCUGAAAUUACAGGAAUUAUAUUUACGGAAAAAUUGCAUUCAGGAUAUCAACGAAAUUGCCUAUUUGCAAAAUCUACCAAAUCUCAAAUAUUUGUGGCUGGAGGAGAAUCCGUGCUGUGAGCGAGUGGGAGCAGCUUAUCGUGCAAUUGUAUUGCGUGCUUUACCAAAUCUCAAAAAAUUGGAUAACGUCGAAGUCACACAAGAGGAAGUCGACGAGGCAUUACGUGCCGGUAGUGGUGGUGGCGGCGGAGGCGGAGGUAGUGCCGCUGUCGAAGAUGAUCCAUAUGAGGAUGCCUAUGAACAGCAGCAGUUACAGGAACAACAGAAACAACAACAGCAGCAACAGCAACAAUAUUACGAACAACAACAACAGCAGCAACAACAACAAUACAGACAACAACAAGAACAACAGGCGCAACAGCAACAGCAGCGGCAAACACAAUCACAACCACCUCAGCCACAAUAUCGAAGAAGUUCAAGUCCACAAAAAGAGCAAACGAGUCCUGCCACAACCGAAGAAAGUGUAAGCGAAACAAACAAUGCCAAUGGUGGUUCAUCGUCGAAAGCCUCAACACCUUCUCAGGAACAAGUAUUACACUCACCAUCGCCUAAAUAUAAUUCAACACCAAAAGAGAAUCGUUUAUCGUAUCACCAAUAUGAUAGAUCACCUGAUACCGAUCAGGAAAGUCCACAUGGUGGAGGGUUUCGUGAAAGGGCACCCAUACCACCCAGUGCUUCAACACAUUCCAUGAAGGAAUAUUAUCAAUCAGAUCGCCCCUCAUAUCCAGCCCAUUAUCGCCAUAGCCAAUCCGAUUUAACCGAAUGGGAUGAACAACAUCAUCCGGCUCAUCAUGCCAGCCAGAAUCCCUAUGGCAGUACAGCGGCCUUACAUCACAUGGGCCAACGGCGUAGUGCUGGCACAGAACGUCCCGAACCCGUCGAUCGUUAUGCCUAUAGAAAUGGUCGUGAAAAUGGCGAUUGGGAAGAUGAACGGCCUAGACCAAGACGACCCGAUGGUCGUUAUGCCGAUUCAGCCAGUACAGUAUCAACAGCAGUUCUAAAUCAUUAUUCCGGUUAUCAUCGGAGGCCAAUUAAUAGAAGUUCCAAUUUACUCUCAGCCACCCUGUGUCUGGUGAAAGAAUUAGACUAUCCUAGUUUAGAGGUGGUUGAACAUGCAGUGCGCUGUCGCAUCGAUGAAUUGGCAGCCGAAUGAUGAUGAACAAGAGCCUCCUGAGGAGCGGAUG